AUGGAUAAUAAUUACAGAGCAAACAUCGGCAAGUGGCUGCCGCUUCCGGGCAGUGUCCUGGAGCAAUGGUUCACAGAGUCCUCGUCUCUCGACGAGAGAAUGGGCAACCUCGCGGAAUGCAUAGCCUUAAUCAUCCAGGACAUUACAGACGUUCAGGCUUGUGAUCUGGAGGCUUGCAACGGCGUCGCAACCGACGUGGAAGAAGUGACGAACGGAUACAAAUCGAUUUAUUCGGUGGCUCUCAGCACGCAUCCGAUAUACAAGUACAAGAUGUGCUAUUUCCUAACGUCCAUGAAGCGGAAGUUAAACGUGUUGGCUAGGUUCAGCCGCAAUCUGAUCAACGAGAUCGUGGAUUGCAACAGCGAGGAACUGCUCAGAGUAAUUUUCAGAUUGGUGAACGUUUACAACGACAUCCUAGACAUGGACAUCGACGUCUCGGACCCUUCGACUAACGUCUUCCACAAUGAUAGUCCGCAGAUGCUCGAACCGUUGAAGAAGAUGUCUGUCACCCGGAUACUGCAGGUAUUGGCGAAGAACAGGGCGGAGGAAUCGUGUCACGAGCUGAUCGACUGUCUUCUGGCGAACUACGAGCCCCGCGAGGACAUGGAGCCCGCGUCGAAGGAGACCGGCGACGGCGACGUCUCGGAGAACUCGAGUAUCGAGAUCUACCGGGCACUCACGAGACACUUGACGCCGCCGAUCAAGAGCGCUUCGUCGAGAACCGAGGCGGAGAUGUCGAACGUCGAGAGCGUUCAGACUCUGGUCAAUAUUCAGAACGAACAGGUCCUCAGACUAUUGAAUGUCGCGCAAGAUGUUUCGCCGCGUUUGUUGGGCAACGACGCGCUGAAGACUGUCAAAGGCGAGACGAGGCUGAGGGGCAGCGCGAUGAGGAAGGUGAAGAAUUACUACCAGGAGGUCGCCUGGGGCGCUUUGUCGGGGAUUCUGGACCACGUGAUCCUCUGGUGGUCCCCGGAAGCGCUCGCUACUCAUCACAGUCACGGGGCGCAACACCUCAAGGACUGGCUUAGCCAGUUCGUUCGGCGGAAUCGCGUGCCGCAGACUGUGAGGCCGGCACUGCAGAAUCUCUGCGACGCCCUUGGCUACCAUGCUACCAUCACUGCUUGGGACCAACUGUUCCGACUCGCUUACACGUCUGCGUUCCAGUGUCAGUCCAGGGCUUCGUCGACCGAGGGAAGCGACACGGGUCAGAAAUUCGCGGAGUUGUUCCAGCUGCUAGUCAGGCUAAGCAACGAAUGCGAGGCUGGUGGCGAAUGGGUGAUCGGUGCCCCGUUGAUGGAGUUGCCCCUUUCUGAGCAGAUUGUCGUCCUCCAUCGAUUGGAUCACUCGGUGCACACGGCCAGACUCUGGAUCCUACUGGAAGCGAAAAUUAUAGCCCACACGUGGGAUCUGCACGUGUUCUUUCUUCUGGUUAAGGGAGACAUACCGAACUGCCUCGAAGAAUUAUCUUAUCUAAAACUCGCCGAUCAUACAAACGAACUGUCUACAGACUCCGUCAGCGUUCAGGUGUAUGUCUGUGGGAAGAUGAGGGCGAAAAUCGUGUCGGAAGUUAACGUCAACGUGAAUUUACUACAGAAGUGUUCCACAGAAUGCAUACACGUCCUCGCGAAGAUCUGUCGCGUGGUGAGUCUAGCAAAUCUACACAUGUGCUUCCCGCGGUCGAGUUACUGGAGGCGUGGGAGUAACGUGGCGCCAGUGGCAGCGAGUCUCUACGUGGAGACGUAUUUCGAAAAGGUGCUGCUUCCGGUGCUAGAGGUUAUCGAGGACCACGAGACGUCGAACAUGAUCCUCAGAAUAAUGUGCGAAGCGUGGCUGGAUUACAUAUACCUGCAUCGAAUUAAAUUCAGCGAGUACGGGGCGAUGCAGUUGCUCACGGACUUCGCGUACGUGUCGAAAUGGGUCACGGGCUGCUCGAUAAUUUCGCAGGAGGUGAGAAACCAUCUCCUGAAGAACGAAGUCCUGCGACGCUGCGAGGGGGUGGGCCGGUUGCUCUUGAGACAGCCCGGCGAGGCGAUCUCCAUGAGGAAACGAUUGGUUACCAGGACAAACGAGCGCGGCUCGCCGGAAUCGCCCGGAUUGGAACGCAUGCCGGCGGAAAUGUACGUGCCGAACCAGGAACAAUGGCUCGAGCUACGGGCACCGAAAAGAUACACGUUCUGCUGCACAGAUUGA